AGAAGUUAGGCGAGUUCGAAGGCGAGCGAGCGGAAGGCGAGCAAUGGCCAUUGAUGCCGCUGCUCUCGGCAGUGACUUUAGCGUCGCUUGGGGAGGCUGGUAACGAAAACCGUCCCGGGAGGAUUGACAGCCGUUCGCUUUAGACGGCAGCAUGACGCCAGAUCUUCUGAAUUUCAAGAAGGGAUGGAUGUCCAUAUUGGAUGAGCCAGGAGAGUGGACAAAGCACUGGUUUGUGCUGACAGAUUCAAGUCUGAGGUACUACAGGGACUCCAAUGCUGAAGAGGCAGAUGAUCUAGAUGGAGAAAUUGACCUACGUACUUGCACCGACGUGACAGAAUAUGCAGUGCAGAGGAAUUAUGGCUUCCAGAUACAUACUAAAGAUUGUGUUUUUACAUUAUCUGCAAUGACAUCAGGAAUCCGUCGGAAUUGGAUUGAGGCUCUAAGGAAGAGUAUUCGACCAGCCAGUGUGCCUGACGUCACAAAGCUAUCUGAGCACAACAAGGAAAACUCAUUCCGCAACAAUAAAUCCCCCAAGAGUUCCUUCCACACCGAGCUGCAGCCCAACACUGGAAAUGAGGUGAUAUCCAGAGCUGGCAGCAGGAAGGCUGAAGGGCAGCAACAGGCUUUUGACUAUGUUGAGUUAUCCCCCUUACAACAGCGGUCAGCUUUAAAUCAGGGGUCCCCACAGCGGUCAAGAGGGAGCACAAGAAGUUCAGAUGGAGCAGUCAAGCGGGAAGAGUUGGAGCGGGACCUGGCCCUCCGUUCGGAAGAAAGACGCAAGUGGUUUGAGUCUUCAGUCAGUGGGGGCCUGCAAACAGAUGGUCCAGUGGAGAAUCCUUGUCCUAAGAAGCCUCAUGGGACUCCUCUUUCUGAAGUUCAGAGGAGUCGGCUAAGUGAAGACAUUGAGAAGAAGUGGCAGGAGCUGGAACGUCUACCUCUAAAAGAGUCCAAACGGGUCCCACUGAUGGUGCUGCUGAACCAGGGCAAAGGGAACCCUGAGGAUGCAAGUGAGGCACUGGAGAAAGAGGUCCAAGUCCUGAGGUCACAGCUGGAUUCCUUGCGUUCCCACAGUGAGGCAAACCUCCAUAAAAAUGGGCAUAUGCCCCAAGGAUACAUUUCUCAGGAGGCAUGUGAGCGCAGUUUUGCAGAGAUGGAAAAUUCCCAUCAACAGGUCAUGACAGAAGUACAGCGGCAUCACCAGUGGGAGAUGGAGCGGUUGCGGCAGGAAAAAGAGCGUCUUUUGUCUGAGGAGGCAGCUGCAACAGCUGCAGCAAUUGAAGCUCUGAAGAAGGCACACAGGGACGAAAUGAACAAGGAGUUGGGCAGAACACGCAACUUUCAGAAAGGGUUUUCAGAUCCAAAUGCUCUCCAGCAACAGCAUCGGUCUGAUGUGGAGUCUCUGAAGCGGGAGUUGCAAGUGCUUUCAGAACAGUAUUCCCAGAAGUGCCUGGAGAUUGGGGGCCUCGUGGACAAGGCAGAAGAACAGGAACAAAUGUUGCAGCGUUGUCAACAGGAGGGGAAAGAGCUGCUUCGGCAAAACCAGGAGUUGCAGAGGCGUCUUUCAGAAGAGAUUGGCCAGUUACGAGACUUUAUUGCUGCUCGGAGCUCACGUGAUGGUGCUUCACACAAUGAGAAGAGUUCUUGUGAGCUAGAGGUGCUUCUUCGAGUGAAGGAGAAUGAACUCCAGUAUCAGAAACAAGAAGUCCAAUGUCUGAGGGAUGAACUCCAAAUGAUGCAGAAGGACAAGAAGUUUGCCUCAGGAAAGUACCAUGAUAUCUACCUGGAGCUGAAUCACAUCAAGCAACGAUCAGAACGAGAGAUUGAACAUUUGAAAGAGCAUCUGCGCCUGGCCAUGGCAGCCCUACAAGAGAAAGAGAUGCUGCACAACAAUAUUGGUAUAAAAGAUACGUUUGCAUUACAGACACAUGUUGUGUAAAGUGGAGCUAGUCAAGCUGCAAAGGCAGAAGGCGUUGGUGCCCCUUUUAUCUCCAGCAGCAGAGAUGCACCUUGUAUUGGCUAUCUUGCUGAUUGCUUCACAGUGUUCAAAAACUUUCUCUUUGCCUCCGCUUCUCUCUCCUCCCCUAUUCUGUAUGCCAGAGGACAAAUGUAUAAACAAGUUGCUUGUAGAAUUCUCCAUGAAAUCAGGUGGAAAGCCACAGGUUGGUCACUGCUACUGUAUUAGUCUAGUCAAGCUCAGUUUCAUUUUGCAUCUAAAAUAAGGAUGUUACAGCUACAAUAUAUAAAUUGUCAUCACCAAGACACUC